AUGUGGCGCCUGCUCCCACGACCGGAAGCGGUGACAUCCUGCAUCCUCGAUGUCUUGGUCGACAAGCAAUACACGCGUGCUAUCGUGUCGAACGGCUACAUCGGCGGUGAUGCCCUGUAUGCUAUAGCCACUGCCCAUCCUGACUGGGACAUCACUUGUCUGGUCAGAAACAGCGACAAGGGAGCCAAGGUUGCGAAGCAAUACCCACAAAUCAAGUUCGUCUACGGUACCCUAGAUGAUGCGGACUUGAUCGAGGGCGAAGUGAAGAAAGCAGAUAUCGUUUGCAACUUCGCCAAUGCCGAUCAUGAGGUCGCCGCAAACGCCAUAGCUCGUGGUCUUGCCGCGCAUGAUCCAUCACUUCCCGGUUUCUUGAUUCACACAUCAGGCACAGGCAUCUUGAUGUUUGAAGAUCUCCGAGACAAGACUUUUGGUACCCAGUUCCGCGACAAGGUGUACGACGACCUCGAGGGUGUCGCUGACGUUACGUCCUUGCCUGACGAUGCACCGCAUAGGACCGUGGACAAGAUUGUGCUCAAAGUCGGGACAGACCACGCUGAUCGAGCCAAGACAGCUAUAGUCUCCCCACCAACGAUCUAUGGCCCAGGUCGUGGUCCUGACAAUCAGCGGUCUCAUCAGCUUCCAGAGCUCUGCCGCGUGACCAUCGAGCGAGGUCACGCUAUCAAGGUCAACGAAGGCAAGACUUACUGGACCAACAUUCAUGUUCACGAUCUGUCAGAUCUGUACCUGAAGUUAGCAGAAGAAGCUGCUGCCGGUGGCUCUACCAAAGAAUGGCCCGACAAGCCAGCGACAUGGGGCGCCGAGGGAUACUACUUUGCGGAGAACGGUGAGCACGUCUGGCGAGAGGUCAGUCAAUGGGUCGCUACGGAGGCGAAGAAGCAGAAUCUUGCUUCUACGGACGAGGUCAAGUCUGUCUCUCCAGAGGAAGCCGGCAAAGCCACGGCGUCCGGCCAAGCUCUUUCGGCCAAGCUCUCUGGGGCGCCACCAGCCGUUGCAGAGCCAAGCGUGGCAGCGUACUUUUCGGCUGGAAGCCGACAGGUGUCAGCUUUAAGGACGAGGUGA